AUGUUCAAUGCCAUACGUACACUUAAACACGCAAAGACAAUAUCUGCACGUCGACUCUUUGCAACAACCACAGCCCCAGCUCCAACUUACCAAACAUCAAUCUUGCCUAAUGGAUUGACGGUGGCAAGCGAAUCGAUGCCUGGUACAAAGACAGCUACAGUAGGUGUUUGGAUAAACGCAGGAUCAAGGGCAGAUAACCCAAAAUCUAGUGGUACCGCCCAUUUUUUGGAACAUUUGGCCUUUAAAGGAACAAAUAAAAGAACUCAAUUAAACUUGGAAUUAGAAAUUGAAAAUUUGGGGUCCCAAAUUAAUGCUUACACAUCGCGAGAAAACACUGUUUAUUAUACCAAGUGUCUAGCGGAAGAUUUGAAUCAGAAUGUUGAUAUCUUGAGUGACUUGUUGACUAAAUCGAAGUUGGAAGAAAGAGCAAUUGAAAAUGAAAGAUAUGUCAUUUUGCAAGAAAGUGAUGAGGUUGAUAAAAUGUAUGAUGAGGUAGUUUUUGACCACUUGCAUUCUGUUGCUUUUAAAAAUCAAGAUUUGGGAAGAACAAUCUUGGGACCAAGGGAUUUGAUCAAAACGAUAAAUAGACAAGACUUAAGGGAUUAUAUCACCACUAAUUAUAAAGGUGAUAGAAUGGCUUUGAUUGGAGUCGGUUGUGUUGAACAUGAAGAGCUUGUCAAAUUAGGAGAAGAGUAUUUCAGCAAUAUCCGCAAGAGCGAUAAACCAUUUAAACAAAGUGGUGAUGAUUUGCCUAUUUUCUAUGGUGACGAGAUUAGAGUGCAGGAUAAUGCAAUGCCAACUACUCAUGUUGCAUUGGCUGUAGAAGGUGUAAGCUGGUCAGCCCCUGAUUUUUUUGUUGCUUCUGUGGCUAAUGGUAUAAUAGGAAGCUGGGAUAGGUCUAUUGGUGUUGGCUCAAAUUCACCAUCACCUUUGGCAGUCACUGCUGCAACUGGAGGACCCAACAAUACGCCAAUUGCUAACUCUUACAUGGCUUAUACUACUUCAUAUGCCGAUACCGGUUUGCUUGGUGUCUACUUUACUGCUGAUAGCAAUGCUGAUUUGAAAAUAUUGGUUGAUGCUAUUCAAAAAGAAUGGGGUAGAUUAAGUUUGGGACACAUUACUGAUGAGGAGGUAGAGAGGUCCAAAUCACAACUCAAAGCUUCAUUAUUGUUAGCAUUGGAUGAUUCUACUGCUAUUGCUGAAGAUAUUGGAAGACAAGUUGUCAACACAGGAUAUAGACUAUCACCUGAGGAGGUUUUUGCUAGGGUUGAAUCGAUUACCAGAGAUGAUGUUGUUAAUUGGGCCAAUUACAGGUUGAAAAAUAAACCCGUUGCCUUGGCAGCUGUUGGCAAUGUCAAAACAUUACCAGCACUUUCGGAUAUUCAUAGAGGAAUGGACUUUAAAUAG